UCAAAUGUCAGUGUGUGAGCUCCAUUUUUUUAUCUACACACUCCAUUAGCAGAUUUCUUCAGUUCAGCAAUGAAAAAACGUUUUAUCCAAAUAUUUGGCUUCUUAAUCUGCUCCUUGGGAUGGGUAUUUGUCCUGUGCACCAUGGCGAUGGACUACUGGAGAGUCAGCCAGGUAGGAGGACAAGGUGGUUCCUUUAUAAUUAAGGUAUCCUGGUACUGGUCCAAUCUGUGGAAGGACUGUUCAACUGAUUCCAAAUCAAUCACCUCCUGCAAAGACUAUGCAGUCCUCUGGAAUGUCAGCUAUUAUGUCCAGGCAGUGAGGGGGUUGCUCAUGUGCGGCCUGACGAUUGGAUUCUUUGCAGUCGUGUGCUGCUUCAUUGGGAUGGAGUGCACAUAUAUCGGCGGAGCAGAACCGACCAAAGACAAACUGGUCUUUUCGGGAGUUGUUUUUCAUUUUGUUGGUGGUGUGUCAACUCUUGCUGCCUACUGCUUAUACAUCAACAGAGUCGCCAGAGCAACUUUUGCUAGCAACUUGCCAGCGGGACAAUUACGAUAUGAGUUAGGACCUCCCAUAUUUAUGGGUUUGGUGGGAUGCUUUUUAAUCUUCUUUGGGGCUGUGUUGUAUGCAGUGACGGUCAUCAGUGUAAUCUGCCCUGACAGAAAAGUGAUACAGGUAUACGGUGGACCAACAUACAUGCCCUCUGCCUAUAGAGGAACAAGUAUGAACACAGGAUACUACGAGCGCUCCCAGCUGUAUGGAUCCUAUGUCUCAGGACGAGCAAGCAGCAAGAUCUCAAGGCUUUCUCAGGCUACACCAAGACUGUCAGAAAGAGAUGCAUUUGUGUAGUGCUGAAGAUCAUUCAUGACUUGGGAUGUUCUACAAUGGGGUUCUAAAAAAAUGUAUGUCUAUAUUGCAUUUUUUAGUGAUGACAUUUUUUUCUGUGUUAAAAUGCACAGUAAUGCAGGUUCUCACAGCUGCUUUUUGUUUUAUCAAUUUGUCUAUAGUCUGUCACAUAAUUUGGUGUAUUAGUGCCAAGGAAGGCCUCCUAGAAAGAUUGAAUGCUUGCAUUUAACCACUUUUAAAUAACAAAAAUAAACCAAAUCAGGGUCAGUUUGAGGAAUGAUAGUGUUUAUUAGCAUAAACGUUAAAUAAUUUUUAAAUGUGAAAAAUGUCAAAUACUGUUUUACUUGCAAGUCUGAAGUCAUGGCUUUUUAAUUGAAAAAAGUAGGUAUGCUCUAUGUAGUCUCUGCCUCAAGGUUCAAGUAUCUCGGUGUAUUGCUCAUGAAAUGAUGGUAGGAUGGAGAUGGUAGGAUGGAGAUAAACUGACCAAUCAGGGCCUAUUCUGCAACAAUGCUGGUGAUUUUCCAAUCGAUCAUGGUGAAAUAGCUAAGCCAAAAGGUGAAACUCUGUAUUUUCUGACCCUCAACUUUGGCCAUGAGAUGGAUGGAUGGAUGGAUGAAUGGAUGAAUGGAU